UUAUCCAAAAAAAACCCUGAAAAUUAAAACAAAGAAAAAAAAAACUCACCCUGUCGUUUCAACCGAUCCUCACGUCCUCUCGCAAAGUCGAAACCCUAGUGACGCGUAGCGGAGGCGGGGCUCAGCCAUGGCGGCGGCAGCGCCGGGGCAGCUGAACCUCGACGAGACGCCGUCGUGGGGCUCCCGCGGCGUCGAUUGCUUCGAGAAGCUCGAGCAGAUCGGUGAGGGCACAUACGGGCAAGUGUACAUGGCGAGGGAGACGGAGACGCAGGAGAUCGUCGCGCUCAAGAAGAUCCGCAUGGAUAACGAGCGCGAGGGCUUCCCCAUCACUGCAAUCCGCGAAAUCAAAAUCCUCAAGAAGCUGCACCACCAGAACGUCAUCCAGCUCAAGGAGAUCGUCACCUCACCAGGACCGGAGAGAGAUGAACAGGGGAAACCAAUCCACGGUAACAAGUACAAGGGGAGCAUUUACAUGGUCUUCGAGUACAUGGACCAUGACUUGACUGGGUUGUCAGAUAGGCCUGGGAUGCGGUUCACUGUGCCACAGAUUAAGUGCUACAUGAAGCAACUCCUUACAGGCCUUCACUAUUGCCACGUUAAUCAAGUUCUGCAUCGUGAUAUUAAAGGAUCCAACCUCUUAAUAGACAACGAGGGUAACUUGAAGCUGGCUGAUUUUGGCCUAGCAAGAUCAUUUUCAAAUGAUCAUAAUGGAAACCUCACUAAUCGGGUGAUAACUUUGUGGUAUAGACCUCCAGAGUUACUGCUCGGAAGCACCAAGUAUGGACCAGCAGUUGACAUGUGGUCUGUUGGUUGUAUUUUUGCAGAGCUUCUCAAUGGAAAGCCAAUUCUGCCUGGAAAGAAUGAGCCAGAGCAACUAAGCAAAAUAUUUGACGUGUGUGGCACACCUGAUGAAUCAAACUGGCCGGGUGUCACAAAAAUGCCGUGGUAUAACAAUUUCAAGCCGCCCCGCCCAUUGAAGAGACGUGUUAAGGAGAACUUUAAGCAUUUUGAUCGGUAUGCUCUUGAUCUGCUUGAAAAGAUGUUAACACUGGAUCCAGCACAGAGGAUAUCAGCACAGGAUGCCCUUGAUGCAGAGUAUUUCUGGAAUGAUCCCCCACCAUGUGAUCCUAAAAGCUUGCCAAAGUAUGAAUCUUCACAUGAGUUCCAGACCAAGAAAAAACGCCAACAAAUGCGGCAAGCUGACGAAGCUGCGAAGAGGCAAAAGACACAGCAUCCUCAACCACAUGGCCGUUUGCCUCCAAUUCAACAAACAGGUCAGCCUCAUCCUCAAAUCAGACCAGGCCAGAUGAUGAACAAUCCGCAUCCACCGAUGGCUGCUGGACCAGGCCAUCACUAUGCAAAACCCAGAGGGCCAGGAGGCCCAAGCAGGUACCCACAGGGUGGGAAUCAAGGUGGAGGGUAUCCAAACCGUGGCGGGCAAGGUGGUGGUGGCGGCUAUGGAAGUGCCCCUUACUCUCAACCAGGUCGAGGGCCGCCACCACCGUACCCCGGCAGUGGGAUGGCCGGAACAGGUGGUCCAAGGGGUGGCGCUGGUGGUGGCUAUGUAGGAGGGCCCAAUUAUCAACAAGGUGGUCCUUAUGGUCCUUCUGGCCCAGGCAGAGGGCCAAGUUAUCAGCAACAAGGUGGUUCUCGCAACCAGCAGCAGUAUGGAAACUGGCAGUAGUAUAUACCCAUUUCAACACCAUGUCAACUGUCAGCAAAUCUGAUGCUAACUUGAUCCUUGAUCUAUUGUUAUUGUCUUGGGGCACUACAUUUUGUUAGAUCGUGUAUUGCCUGAAUCUAGUAGGAAUUGUAGCAAUGUUGUCAGUUUUUGAUGAUCAGACAGUAGACACACACAAGCUGAGCCAGCAACAGAUUAUCUUAAUUUUCACUGGUCAGUUUAUAGUUA